AUGGAUGCAAUUGUCACUAGGAGUGGUAGGGUCCUUGAGAGUGGAGUACCUAAGAAGAGUGAUGCUAGAGAGAGUACUAGCAAGAGCCCUAUUGAGAUUGAGGGAGAUGAGGGUCCCAUAAUUGAGAAAAUUGAGGAGGAACAAGUAGAAAGAGUGAAAGAGAAAGAGAAAGAACUUUACAAGCCCAAACUCCCUUAUCCCCAAAAGUAUAAUAGGCACAAAUUGGAUGAGCAAUUUGGAAAAUUCAUAGAGAUGCUUAAGCAACUUCAUCUUACUCUUCCUUUAACCGAUGUGGUAGAACAAAUGACAAACUAUGCUAAGUUCCUUAAAGAAAUAUUGAGUGGAAAGAGGACAUGUGAUAUGGCGAAGACGGUUACCCUAACCGAGAAUUUUAGUGCAAUCCUAAUGAAUAAGAUGCCACCUAAGUUGAAGGAUCCCGAAAAUUUCUCUAUCCGUUGUGCUAUUAAUAAGAUGCAAUUUGAUAAUGCCUUAUGUGACUUAGGUGCUAGUGUUAGCCUUAUGCCAUAUUCGGUCUAUCAAAGACUAGAGCUAGGGGAACUUUUACCUUCAAAGAUUACAUUGCAAUUACCCGAUAGGUCGAUCAAGAUCCCAAAAGGUAAGAUAGAAGAUGUUCCCUUGAGGGUGGGGAAAUUUGUCAUUCCAGUAGAUUUUGUUGUGUUGGAUAUGGAUGAAGAUGCUACUAUCCCUAUCAUAUUAGGUAGACCAUUCCUUGCUACAUGGGGGGCAAUGGUUGACGUCAAGAGUGCUAAGAUAACUCUUAAGAUAGGAGAGGAGGUAGUUGAUUUUGAUUUGAAUGAAGGUAUGAAAUACCCCUCUUCUUCCUUUGAAAAUUGCAUGAGUGUUGAAGUUCUUGAUAAUAUUGUGCAAUCCAUGCAUGAGCAAUUUCUCACAUCUAAUGAUCCUCUUGAGUGUGUUUUGCUGAACAACGAAAAGAUAGGUGCUCCUAGCAAGGAACUAAAAUUGUAUGAAGAUUUGCUUGAUGGAGAAGAAAGCGAUGAACAAAUUUGCGUGGGGAUCUUAAAUCAAGAUACUUUACUAGUAGCCUCGACCAAAGAAGGUAAAGGUGUGCCUAUGGGGAUACGACUUUACCCUGUCAGUAUGAUGAACAUUUUUGGAGAUAUGUUGGAGGAAGAAAUGGAGGUUUUUAUGAAUGAUUUCUCCGUAGGGGGGGUUUCGUUUGAGGAUUCCUUGAGAAUCUUGGAAAAUGCUUAG